AACACAGUAACUUUCGGAAGCAUAUGUAUAUUGCGCAGGCUGUCAGUUGAGCUCACAUUCAAUUUCAUCCAUGGCUGUCCUUGGAGAACUGUUGAGGAUGUGCGGUGAGCGUGGAUCGAACACGCGACCUUCAGAUCUUCAGUCUGACGCUCUCCCAACUGAGCUAUCCCCGCUUUGAUGUUCAAGUUGCGUGAAUUUUGAGGGUUUUAGGUAGAUAGAAGGCAGUGCGAGUUUGCAAACGAAUUUUGGUUUUCUGGGACGAUUGAUUUUAGAUACCAUCAGGCGAAUUUGGUUUAACUGAGGCUGGAUUUGAUAAUGGUGACCUGCGGUGCUCUUCUGCUGCACUUGUUAGGUUUCUGGGUACUUUCUUGUAUUAAACUUGUGAUCGGUUGUUAUUCUUUUACUCGAAUCUCUCUCUAAGAGAAAGAACGAAGAUGCUUUGAAAAUCUGUUCAAACAUCUGCAACUAUUCCUCAUCCUUUCUACAUUUUUUUGUAAUACGUAUUUAGUAUUAAUGAUAUUACU